AUGUCUUACAACGAUCCGUACCAGGAUCAAGGUGGUCAUAUCCCAAGGGAUGAGUACGACCAACAACAGUACGAUGAAUAUGGUCAACCAAUCUAUGCGCAAGAUCAAUAUUACGCGCAAGACCCGGGCUACUACGAUCAAUCUGCUGAAUAUUACCAACAGCCAGGUCAACCGGGCCAACCGGGCCAAGGCUACUAUGAUCAGCCUCGUGGUGCUGGCCAGGAUCCUGAAAAUUUCUCUGAUUUCAGUUACGCUCCUCCAGGUACCCCAGGUGGCUACGAUAGUUACGGAGGCGCUUCCGGGAACGGAUACGGUCAAUAUGCUCCUUCUCAAAUGAGUUAUGGUGAUCCAAGAUCAUCUGGUGCUUCGACACCAAUUUAUGGUGGUGAAGGUUUCGAUCCUUCAGCAGUUGCCAUGGCUUUACCAACUGAACCAUAUCCAGCAUGGACCGCUGACACUCAGACUCCAGUGACCGCAAGCGAAAUUGAAGAUGUUUUCAUCGAUUUGACUAAUAAAUUUGGGUUCCAAAGAGAUUCCAUGAGAAACAUGUUCGAUCAUUUCAUGACUCUAUUGGAUUCUAGAGCUUCAAGAAUGUCUCCUCAACAAGCAUUGUUAUCUUUACAUGCUGAUUAUAUCGGAAGUGAUAGUGCCAAUUAUAAGAAAUGGUACUUCGCUGCACAACUAGAUAUGGAUGAUGAAAUUGGUUUCAGAAAUAUGAGUCUUGGUAAAAUGUCUAGAAAGGCAAGAAAGGCAAGAAAGAAGAAUAAGAAGGCCAUGGAAGAAGCUAACAGCUCGGAAAAUCCAGAGAGUGCUUUGAACCAAUUGGAAGGUGAUAACUCUUUGGAAGCUGCAGAUUUCAGAUGGAAGGCUAAGAUGAACAAACUUUCACCAGUGGAAAGAGUUCGUCAAAUCGCUUUGUAUUUGUUACUAUGGGGUGAAGCCAAUCAAGUCAGAUUUACCUCAGAAUGUUUAUGUUUCAUCUACAAGUGUGCUUCUGAUUAUUUAGAUUCUCCUCUUUGUCAGAACCGUUCAGAUCCUAUUCCAGAAGGUGAUUUCUUGAACAGAGUUAUCACUCCAAUUUAUAGAUUUAUUAGAUCUCAAGUCUAUGAAGUGGUGGAUGGUCGUUACGUGAAACGUGAAAAGGAUCAUAACAAGGUUAUUGGUUACGAUGAUGUAAAUCAGUUGUUUUGGUACCCUGAAGGUAUAGCCAAAGUAAUCUUGGAAGAUGGCACUCGUUUGAUCGAUUUGCCCGCUGAGGAACGUUAUUUGAGAUUAGGUGACGUUAUUUGGGAUGACGUUUUCUUUAAGACUUAUAAAGAAACACGUUCUUGGUUCCAUUUGGUCACCAAUUUCAACCGUAUCUGGGUCGUUCACGCCUCUAUCUACUGGAUGUACACCGCUUACAAUGCCCCAACUCUUUACACUCAUAACUACCAACAACUAUUAAACAACAAACCUUUGGCUGCUUACAGAUGGGCCUCUAGUGCGUUGGCUGGUUCUUUGGCAACUAUUAUUCAAAUUGUGGCAACUAUCUCGGAAUGGUUCUUUGUCCCAAGAAAUUGGGCUGGUGCUCAACAUUUGUCUCGUCGUUUCUGGUUCUUGGUUGGUAUCCUCGGUGUUAACUUGGGUCCAAUCAUCUUUGUCUUCGCCUAUGAUCCUUUGACCGUUUACUCCAAGGCCGCUUUAGUAGUCUCUGCAGUUAUGUUCUUUGUCGCUUUGAUUACCAUCAUUUUCUUCUCCAUUAUGCCAUUAGGUGGAUUAUUCACAUCGUACAUGAAAAAAUCUACUAGAAAAUAUGUUGCAUCUCAAACUUUUACAGCUUCUUUCUACCAAUUGAAGGGUCUUGAUAUGUGGAUGUCUUAUUUAUUAUGGGUUACCGUUUUUGCAGCUAAGUUCUCCGAAUCCUAUUUCUUCUUGACCCUUUCCUUAAGAGAUCCAAUCAGAAUUUUAUCUACCACUGUGAUGAGAUGUACUGGUGAUUAUGGUUAUAAAGAUCAACUUUGUCGUCAACAACCAAAGAUCGUCUUAGGUUUGAUGAUCGCUACUGAUUUGAUCCUUUUCUUCUUGGAUACUUAUAUGUGGUACAUUAUUUGUAACACUGUUUUCUCUGUUGGUAGAUCUUUCUACUUGGGUAUCUCUAUCUUAACACCAUGGAGAAACAUCUUCACCAGGUUACCAAAGAGAAUUUACUCAAAGAUCUUGGCUACUACUGAUAUGGAAAUUAAAUAUAAACCAAAAGUUUUAAUCUCUCAAGUUUGGAAUGCCAUUGUCAUUUCCAUGUACAGAGAACAUUUGUUGGCCAUUGACCACGUUCAAAAGUUGUUAUACCAUCAAGUUCCAUCUGAGAUUGAGGGCAAGAGAACUCUAAGAGCUCCAACCUUUUUCGUGUCUCAAGAUGAUAACAAUUUCGAGACUGAAUUCUUCCCAAGAAACUCCGAAGCUGAACGUCGUAUCUCUUUCUUUGCUCAAUCUUUGGCUACUCCAAUCCCAGAACCAUUACCAGUUGAUAACAUGCCAACUUUCACCGUUUUGACACCUCAUUACUCCGAAAGAAUCUUGCUAUCUUUAAGAGAAAUUAUUCGUGAAGAUGAUCAAUUCUCAAGAGUCACUUUGUUGGAAUAUUUGAAGCAAUUGCAUCCUGUCGAAUGGGAUUGUUUCGUCAAGGAUACAAAGAUCUUGGCUGAAGAAACUGCUGCAUUUGAAGGAAACGAGGAGGAUUCUGAAAAGGAAGGUGGUAUGAAGUCACAAAUCGAUGAUUUACCAUUCUACUGUAUCGGUUUCAAGUCUGCUGCACCAGAGUACACUUUACGUACCCGUAUUUGGGCCUCAUUGAGAUCCCAAACUUUGUACCGUACUGUUUCUGGUUUCAUGAAUUAUGCAAGAGCCAUUAAAUUGUUGUACCGUGUUGAAAACCCUGAAAUUGUUCAAAUGUUCGGUGGUGAUACUGAAGGUUUGGAAAGAGAGUUGGAAAGAAUGGCGAGAAGAAAGUUCAAGUUCUUGGUCUCUAUGCAAAGAUUGGCUAAGUUUAAACCUCAUGAGCUAGAAAAUGCCGAAUUCUUGUUAAGAGCUUACCCUGACUUACAGAUCGCUUAUUUGGAUGAAGAACCUCCAUUGAACGAAGGUGAAGAACCAAGGAUUUACUCCGCUUUGAUUGAUGGUUAUUGUGAAAUUAUGGAAAAUGGUCGUAGACGUCCUAAGUUUAGAGUUCAAUUAUCUGGUAACCCAAUCUUGGGUGAUGGUAAAUCCGAUAAUCAAAACCAUGCUUUGAUUUUCUACAGAGGUGAAUACAUUCAAUUGAUUGAUGCUAACCAAGAUAACUAUUUGGAAGAAUGUUUGAAGAUUAGAUCUGUCUUGGCAGAAUUCGAAGAAUUGAACGUUGAACAGGUCAACCCAUACUCUCCAGGUUUGAAAUACGAAGAUCAAGGUAACAACCAUCCAGUUGCUAUUGUUGGUGCUCGUGAAUAUAUUUUCUCUGAAAACUCUGGUGUCUUAGGUGAUGUUGCAGCUGGUAAGGAACAAACUUUCGGUACCUUAUUUGCUCGUACCUUGGCUCAAAUUGGUGGUAAAUUGCAUUAUGGACAUCCAGAUUUCGUCAAUGCUACUUAUAUGACAACCAGAGGUGGUGUCUCCAAGGCUCAAAAGGGUUUACAUUUGAACGAAGAUAUUUAUGCCGGUAUGACUGCUAUGCUUCGUGGUGGUCGUAUCAAGCACUGUGAAUAUUAUCAAUGUGGUAAGGGUAGAGAUUUAGGUUUUGGUACCAUUUUAAAUUUCACAACUAAGAUUGGUGCUGGUAUGGGUGAGCAAAUGUUAUCUCGUGAGUACUACUACUUGGGUACUCAAUUGCCUUUCGAUCGUUUCUUGUCUUUCUACUACGCGCAUCCUGGUUUCCAUUUGAAUAACUUGUUUAUUCAAUUGUCUUUGCAAUUAUUUAUGUUAACUCUUGUUAACAUGAAUUCUAUGGCUAAUCAAUCCAUCAUGUGUUCCUAUAACAAAUACAAGCCUAUCACCGAUGUUCUAUAUCCAAUUGGUUGUUACAACUUUGAACCUGUUAUUGAUUGGGUCAGACGUUAUACAUUAUCCAUCUUUAUUGUGUUUUUCAUCGCAUUCAUUCCAAUUGUUGUUCAAGAAUUGAUUGAGCGUGGUAUCUGGAAAGCUGUUCAAAGAUUCUUGCGCCACUUACUAUCUCUGUCUCCAAUGUUUGAAGUCUUUGCCGGUCAAAUCUAUUCUGCAUCUUUAUUGAGUGAUUUGACAGUUGGUGGUGCUCGUUAUAUCUCUACUGGUCGUGGUUUCGCUACUUCUCGUAUUCCAUUCUCCAUUCUAUAUUCUAGAUUUGCUGGUUCAGCUAUUUACAUGGGUUCAAGAUCUAUGUUAAUGUUGUUAUUCUCUACAAUUGCCUACUGGCAAGCUGCUUUACUAUGGUUCUGGGCCUCAUUAUCGGCUUUGAUGUUCUCUCCAUUCAUCUUCAAUCCACAUCAAUUUUCAUGGCAAGAUUUCUUCUUGGAUUACAGAGAUUUCAUCAGAUGGUUGUCUAGAGGUAACAAUAAAUAUCACAAGAAUUCUUGGAUUGGUUACGUUAGAAUGUCAAGAUCUCGUGUCACCGGUUUCAAACGUAAGCUGGUCGGUGAUGAAUCCGAAAGAGCCGCUGGUGAUGCUCCAAGAGCUCAUAGAUCUAACUUAAUCUUCGCCGAAUUAAUCCCAUGUAUCAUCUACGCCGCUGGUUGUUUCACUGCAUUCACUUUCAUUAAUGCUCAAACUGGUGUUAAGGAUGUCAGUGUUGUGAACUCUUGGUUGCGUAUUGUCAUCUGUACUUUGGGUCCAAUUGUCGUCAACAUGGGUGUACUUGGUGUAUGUUUAGGUCUAUCUUGUUGUUCAGGUCCGUUAUUGGGUAUGUGUUGUAAGAAGACUGGUUCCGUUAUGGCCGGUAUUGCUCAUGGUGUUGCAGUUAUUGUUCACAUUGUCUUCUUCAUCAUUAUGUGGGUUCUUGAAGCUUUCAAUUUCACUAAGAUGUUGAUCGGUUUGAUCACUUGUAUUCAAUGUCAAAGAUUAGUCUUCAAGUGUAUGACCUUGUUCAUGUUAACUCGUGAAUUCAAGAAUGAUCAUGCAAACACUGCAUUCUGGACUGGUAAAUGGUAUGGUACUGGUUUGGGUUACAUGGCCUGGACUCAACCAUCAAGAGAAUUCGUUGCUAAAGUUGUGGAACUCUCAGAAUUCGCUGCUGAUUUCAUUUUGGGUCACAUCUUGCUAUUCUGUCAAUUGCCAAUCUUAUGUAUUCCAAUGGCUGAUAAAUUCCAUUCUAUCAUGUUGUUCUGGUUAAAGCCUUCUCGUCAAAUUCGUCCACCAAUCUAUUCUUUGAAGCAAACACGUCUACGUAAACGUAUGGUCAAAAAAUACUGUUCGUUGUACUUCCUGGUUUUGGCAAUAUUCGCUGCUUGUAUCAUUGGUCCAGCUGUCGCUGCUUCAAAGGUGGAUACUGCGGAUCUUGGUUCUAAGGUGGACAGUGCCGGUAGUGAUAUUUUCGCUGGUUUGAUUCAACCAAGAAGACAACAAAACAACGAUACUGGUUUCAAUUUGUCCACUUAUUCUGGACAUUACUUCACCAAAGCCCCAUCUUUGACUACCUGGUCCACCAAGGCCUGA